AUGGCGCUCAAGGCCGAGGGCACCGCGCUGGACUGCUUCAAGGUGAUGCUCAAAUACAAGCAGGCGGAGGGCGAGGAGGCUGGUGGCCUUGAUCCCGAGGCCCGAGCCGAUGCUGCGAGUGGUUCAGCAGGAGAAGACUCGCCGCCCAGGCCCUGCCUGCUGGAAGCAGGCGGCAGUGGCUGUGAGGAGCCCAGGCUGCAGAUGACUUGGGAGCAGGGUUCCUGGUGGGGAGCAGCCCGGAAGGCAGCGGGCGGGCGCUGGGCAUGGUGUGUGGGGCCGAGAUCCCCUUCCCCUCGGCGGACAGGGCGCGCGCGCGCGCGCGCACAUCCUGGAGCAGCACCCUCACACCCUGGACCUGAGCCCCUCGGAGAAGAGCAGCAUCCUGGAGGCCUGGAGCCAGGGGGUGGCCCUUUUGCAAGACGUCAGCGCUGA